UUUGUGUUUGCUCUUUUUUAGUCGAGCAAAAGAUGUGAUAAUACCAGCAAAGCCACCUGUCAGCUUUUUCUCCUCGAGAUCUCCGGUUCUUGACCUCUUCCAGGGUCAACUGGACUACGCAGAGGUUGUUCGCCGGCACUCAGAGGUGGUGCUGCUGUUCUUCUACGCCCCAUGGUGUGGACAGUCCAUCGCUGCCAGGGCAGAAGUUGAGCAAGCAGCGAGUCAGCUUUCAGACCAGGUGUUGUUUGUGGCAAUUAACUGUUGGUGGAACCAGGGGAAAUGCAGAAAACAGAAGCAUUUCUUUUAUUUUCCUGUAAUAUAUCUGUAUCAUCGGAGUUUUGGACCAAUCGAAUACAAAGGCCCCAUGAGUGCUGUUUACAUUGAGAAGUUUGUCCGCCGGGUGAUGAAACCACUUCUGUACAUCCCAUCUCAAUCAGAAUUACUAGAUUUUCUCUCAAACUACGAGCCUGGAGUACUUGGGUACUUUGACUUCAGUGGUUCACCCCAGCCACCUGGUUAUUUGACCUUCUUCACAUCAGCAUUACAUUCAUUAAAGAAAGAUUACCUAGGAACAGUACGAUUUGGGGUUAUCACAAAUAAACAUCUUGCGAAACUGGUAUCCUUAGUACACUCUGGAAGUGUGUAUUUACAUAGACAUUUCAACACAUCACUUGUCUUUCCCAGGGAGGCCAUCAACUACACAGCUGAGAACAUCUGCAAGUGGGCCUUAGAAAACCAAGAGACACUCCUUCGAUGGCUGCGGCCACAUGGUGGAAAGAGUCUCCUGCUGAAUAAUGAACUGAAGAAAGGACCAGCCCUUUUUUUAUUUAUUCCUUUUAAUCCCUUAGCCGAAAGUCAUCCUUUAAUAGAUGAGAUCACCGAGGUGGCCUUGGAGUACAACAACUGUCACGGGGACCAGGUGGUGGAGCGGCUCCUUCAGCACUUGCGGCGAGUGGAUGCCCCGGUGGUCAAGUCUCUGGCAUCUGAGCCCCCAAUCCAGCUGCUGGACCCGCCGCUGAUAACGGCGUCCCCCUGCUGCAACACUGUGGUGCUGCCCCAGUGGCACUCCAUCUCCAGGACCCACAAUGUCUGUGAACUAUGUGUCAACCAGACAGCUGUGGGCAUUAGGCUGAGCUCGGUUAGUGUGCCACAGUGCAGCUUUCUCGAGAUGGCAGCAGCUCUGGAUUCUUUCUACCUCAAGGAGCAGGCUUUUUAUCAUGUGGUGUCGGACAGCAUGGAGUGUAGCAAUUUUCUGAGUUCCUACAGCCCUUUCAGCUACUACACUGCAUGUUGCAGGACUAUGAACAGGGGUGUGGCAGGCUUCAUUGAUUCUGAACCAGAUGUCUUCAAAUCCCCAAACAUUGCAUUUUCUUCCCUCGAGAAAGAAUGUGAGGUUGAUACCCCAAGCUCCGUUCCUCACAUUGAGGAGAACAGGCAUGUCUUUCCUGAAGUGGACAUGAAUAGCACAAACUUCACAGGCCUGAGCUGCAGAACCAAUAAGACCCUGAACCUCUACCUGUUGGAUUCAAAUUUGUUUUGGUUAUAUGCAGAAAGGCUCGGUGCUCCUAGCACCGCUCAGGUGAAAGAAUUUGCUGCAAUUGUUGAUGUGAAAGAAGAAUCUCACUAUAUCUUGGAUCCAAAACAAGCUCUUAUGAAGUUCACCCUAGAGUCUUUUAUUCAAAACUUCAGUGUUCUCUACAGUCCCUUGAAAAGACAUCUUAUUGGAAGUGACUCUGCCCAGUUCCCUUCUCAGCAUUUAAUCACUGAAGUGACAACUGAUACCUUCUGGGAAAUAGUCCUUCAAAAGCAGGAUGUUUUGCUGCUUUAUUAUGCACAGUGGUGUGGCUUCUGUCCUUCCCUCAAUCAUGUCUUCAUCCAGCUAGCUCGCCUCCUGCCAACGGACACAUUUACUGUGGCAAGGAUUGAUGUAUCUCAGAAUGAUCUUCCUUGGGAAUUUAUGGUUGACCGACUUCCUACUGUCUUAUUUUUUCCCUGUAACAGAAAGGACCUAAGUGUGAAAUACCCUGAAGAUCUUCCCAUCACCCUUCCAAACCUGCUGAGGUUCAUUUUGCACCACUCAGACCCUGCUUCUGUCCCCCAGAACUUGGCUAACCCUUCUACCAAAGAGUGUCUUCAGAGCGAGGCAGUCUUACAGCAGGGGCACAUCUCCCAUUUGGAGAGAGAGAUCCAGAAGCUGAGGGCUGAAAUCAGCACCCUUCAGCGAGCGCAAAUGCAGGUGGAGGCUCAGCUUUCCAGCGCGCGCAGGGAUGAGCACCAGCUGCUGCAGCAACAGCAGACCUUGAAGAAGCAGCACAGCUUGCUCCAGCUGCACAGUGAGCAGCUGCAGGCCCUGUAUGAGCAGAAAACCAGGGAGCUGGAGGAGGUGGCCCGAAAGCUCCAGGAGCUGGCCGAUGCCUCAGAAAACCUGCUCACGGAGAACACAUGGCUCAAGAUCCUGGUGGCGACCAUGGAGCGGAAACUGGAGAGCAAGGACGGAGCUGAAAAUCUCUCUCCCCUGGAGGAGGGGCACACUGACUACCCUGAGCCCUCAGGGUCCCCCCGGUUACCUGGCAGCACCCCUCCACCUGCCAAUAUCAGCUCCCCGCUGGCGGCUGAAAGGAGCAAUGAGAAUAGGACAGACUAACUUUUUAAACGACAUGAAGAAAUCAGAGGUGAAAUCUGUACAUUGGGAAUAUAUUUAUGCAAAUUUUAUUGAAAUUUAUUGUAAAUAAAGAUUUUCUCAGUGGUCUAGAAAAUCAA